AAAACGUUUAGGUUCAUUUUAAUCAUGCAUUUUAGAAAUUUUAUUUGCUUUUUAGAUGGAAUUGCACAUGGCGAUAUUUCUGUUAGUUGGUGUGUCCACAGCUCUGUCUCGUAAUGCAAACAGUGAAAAAGGUAAACUGUUAAGCGAAAAGUUCUACGCUGACAGUCGUCUGUCAACAAUAGAUGAUGUUUUCUACAAUGACAAGCGUAGACCGCCAGUACGCGAUGAAUUGAAGAACGUUCCGCGUGCACUUUAUCGUGGUGAUGCAUUCUACAAUGAGAAGCGAAGACCGCCAUUACGCGAUGAAUUUAAGAACGUCCUGCGUGUACUUCAUCGUGGUGAUGCAUUCUACAAUGACAAGCGCAGACCGCCAUUACGCGAUGAAUUUAAGAACGUCCUGCGUGCACAUUAUCAUGGUGAUGCAUUCUACAAUGAGAAGCGAAGACCGCCAUUACGCGAUGAAUUUAAGAACGUCCAGCGUGUACUUCAUUGUGGUGAUGCAUUCUACAAUUACAAGCGCAGACCGCCAUUACGCGAUGAAUUUAGGAAUGUCCCGCGUGCACUUCACCGUGGUGAUGCAUUCUACAAUGACAAGCGUAGAGUCUGAGAGACCCUUUUUCCGUUCAUUGCUAAUGAAGUCUACAAAAGUGUAUCUCUUGUAAGAGAUGCCAUAAAUUUUUGGCAACUGCAUCUUUAUUUUGUCACUUGCUUUUUUUUCUGGUGAAGGAAAUAUAUAAACUUUGGCAACCUUUUCGUUAUAAAAAAUGUUUUUUUCCUGUUCAAUGAUAUUUUUACCGGGCCAUAAUAACUGUGGUUUUAUUCAGAAACAUUACCAAUAAUAUUUUGCUAUCGGAACAGCAAUAAAGUUAUUUCCAGUAUAGCGUCUUGGGGAACUUUAACAAAGUUAAAAAGCACUGGAUUUAUAACUUAUGCUUAUAAUUGUACUAAUAAAAGCAGUUAUUCAAAUUUUCAAGUAAUUUUUAUAAAUAACAAUAAGGCUAGAAAAAUAAGAACGUUGCCCAGAUUUGUUUCUAAAAACAACAAACGUGAAGAAAUACGUAUUUGUAGUAUUUUAGUAUUCUUUACAUUAAUUU